AUGACCUCGGUGGAUGAUUCCGUGGCAGAAGACACAACACAAGAGACCAACUAUGGCAGUGUGUCGGAGCCGCCCGUGGAAGAGGUCGAAAACCCAAAAGAAGUGACAAAAUCGAUUUUCAGCCGUCUUUGGUGGCUUAUUUUGCUUGGUAUUUUGGCUACGAUUGUCGCACAAUUGAUAUUCUUGCCUAGAACCUCUCCAAAUCGGGAUUUCCGUCGAUGGCAUGGCUUGAAAUUGACCACGAGCGAUGUUGAGCGAUUAUUUAUCUCGCUUCUGCGUCCAGGAAAAUCUGAUUCUGAAGGCUUUACCACCGAAGAUAGGAUAGGAAUGUAUCUCAGAAACUUCUCUGAAAUCAAUAGCCAGAGCGCCACUAAUAUGGCAGGCUCUGAGAAUAGAAAUCUUGAAGAGUUUGUUGAAAAAGAAAUGAGAAGACAGAAAUGUGAGACUCACGUUUAUGAUUAUGAUUUGCCAGUUGAGCUACAGGCACCUUCAGACCUGAGUUUAGUACUAAGAGAUGCGGAAAAUAACCGGGUUUUGUAUAAAGCACCUUUGAAAGAACUGAAUUUCCACACUCCUGCAUUUUUUUGCUUCUCAGCAGCAGGCCAAAUAAAGAAAGACUAUGUGAACGCCAACAUGGGCACUCCUGCUGAUUAUGCACUUCUAGACAAGAAUGGAAUCUCAAUUGAAAAUCGGAUAGUGAUCUUCUCUCAUGCCCUAGAUUCUGAGUAUUCACUUAACGACAAAAUUCAUUUCGCAGAAGGUAUAGGUUGCGCUGGCGUAAUUGUAUACGGUGACGAGAAUGUUCCUAAAACAAUAUCCCGCAAAUUUCGCUCUCAUUCCAUCCCCACUUUGAGUUUUCGUCUACCUAUCAGUUUUGACAGUGUAAAGCCUAUUCUUGUCGCACUUGGGCCAAGUUAUGGCGACUUUAAAGAGUGGCAAUUUGCUCCCUACUCAAACCAUGCGCUUCAGUUAGAGCUUGGAACUCAAUUCAAUCAAAGUCCUCUCCGAGGUAGCACAAUUGUCUCCACGAUGAAUUCAGCUAUGCAUGAUGGUAUUGUUGUCGUGGGUGCCUCCAGAGAUUCCUUAACAAGCACGAAUCCUUUGAGUGGACAUGCCAUCAUGAUAGAAUUAAUGAGCCAAUUGAGUGAGCUCCAAAGACUAGGUUGGCUGCCCUUGAGAACAAUCAAAUUUGUCUCUUGGGAUGCGUCACGAAGCGGCGCUUUUGGCAUGUCCGAUCUCCUCGACCGAGUGUUGCCCAAGUCAAGUCCCGUUCUAGCCUACAUCAAUCUUGAUGAAGAUGUCAUCAUGGGAGAUCGCUUUUCUGUUGAUUCAAAUCCCCUUUUCAACGAUAUCUUGAGGUAUGCAGCACGAUUUGUCGCUCUCCUGGCAAAUUCUAAAGAGCCCAAACUGUCCACGCCUCAAAAUCCUCAUUUACAAGUGGAUUCAGUAACUACCUUGCUUGAACUCUGGAUGAAGCAAAGCAAUGCCACGGUCAAUAAUAAACUCGGAUAUCUGUUGGCUGGGAAAGCGGCUGGUAUCAUCCAAUUCGUGAGACAAGUUCCUACAAUGAAUUUAAAGUUCGAAACAUGCAAAAUCAAGAAGGAUCUGCUUUAUGUACCAGAUUCAAACUCUUACAGCUAUCAUUGGGUCGAGCAGAACGACGAAGGACUUAGGCUACAUGGUGCCCUUCUCAGAUAUUUGGGGCUUCUUUUGAUCUCUCUCGGUGAGAACGAAGUUGUUGAGUCAAAAGUAGGUCUUCUAUUCGGUAAAAUUGAUGAAUAUUUUACCUCGAUGUCGUCAAGCUACAAUAUACUCAACAAUGCUUGGAGUAGAGAAGACGUCUCAGACAUUUUCAUGGACCAUGCUCCUCAAUCUGUCCUUUUCGCUGACGCCAAAGCGAAAAAACUGGCCAAAUACAUGUUCGAUGCAUCAGUGCAUUACGAUGUUGUCUUUGAGACGUUCACAGAAUUGGUUCAUAAGUUGGCUGCCAAAGCACUUAAGUUCGAUGCGUAUGCGGAACAAGUUGAAGACUUGUGGACCACAGAUUUCCCAUGGUUUAAACUACCACAAAAGAUCCUCAUUUACCUGAAGUUUAAACAGCUUAACUGGAAGUUAUUACGCAUAGAGCAAGUUUUAGCCUCAGAUUCACUCAAUAGCAGCGGUGACUUCAAGCAUUUGAUGUACGACAUUCCCCGCGGCAUGCUUCCCAUGUCUGAGAAAAAUGAAAGAGGGGCUUUUGCUACUUUUUACGAAGCCUACGAUUCUGGACUGAUGGAGCAGGUUGUGCUCUUGAUGGCAGAGAAAUACGAGCGGCUCAAAACUGCGCUCGAUUACAUCACAUAA